CCGUCUCUCGCCCUGUUGUCUCUUCUGUAAUGUCCACAAAUCAUGCAAUCAAACAAAUCGACUCUUAAUCAUCGGAGCAGGCCCUCUACCAGUCUCUUCGCCUUUGGCGUCAUCGCGCAGGUCGCGUUGCUUGCCUGCAUCUUCUGGACUUACACUAGCUAUGGCAACCCCCGUGAGCCGACCGCCUUAGCGGAAACAACAACCAAGACAUCACCAAGACCAAACGGCUUCACUCUUCGCCACGUUUUAGAUCACGGUGCUGGGCAACCUGGACCACGAGCACGAAGGUUUGAUGUGACUCCAGAGCGGUUUGCCGUUGCUGGUGUCGACUCCCGCAUCGGGCCCUUCACUAUCAAGACGGCGCCAGUCAAGAUCGAAAGACCCGCGUCACGUGGCUACGAUGCACAGAUCCCUAUGUCGCCCAUGUGGAUCGCCGAGGAUAUACCAGGUCCAGAUGUCACGGACAAGAACACGGUUAUCAGUUUCGCAAACAUGUCCGAAGAUGCUUACAAAGUCGGCCCUGAUGACGCUGGAUGGAUGGACGUCGAUGGGCAUUACAACUCGUCGGUCCCUUUUGGCUGGGAUGAUAGUGGCAUCCGAGGUCAUGUUUUCAGCGAUGACACCAACUCCACUAUUAUCCUGGCGGUAAAGGGAACGACAGUAGCCAUGUUCGAAGGCGACGGAACAUCGGUGCACGACAAAGAAAACGACAACCUGUACGGCUCUUGCUGUUGCGGUCAGGGCGGCACAUAUCUUUGGCGCAAAGUGUGCGACUGUCAGACUGGCACCUACAGCUGCGACGAGCAAUGCGUUAAGAAGGAGUUACGGAAGCCGAACAGAUACUAUGCCGCGACUGUCGAGUUGUAUCAGGAAGUUGUCAAAGUCUAUCCGGAUGCGCACAUCAUGACGACAGGACAUAGUCUAGGAGGCGUCCUCGCCUCUCUGAUCGGCUUGCAGCACGGUAUCCCUGCGGUGACCUUUGAAGCCUACCCACAGGCUUUGGCAGCUAAGCGCUUAGGACUACCAGCUGCCGGUGACGUUGCUCCACUCAGGAAGAAUACAGGUGGCUUUCACUUCGGGCAUACCGCUGACCCCGUGUACAUGGGAACUUGCAACGGCGCGACCAGCUUUUGCUCUAUCGGCGGGUACGCCUUCGAAACGCUUUGCCAUACCGGAAAGAAAUGCGCAUACGAUGUGGUUAAAGAUUGGGGCUGGAGACAGAACACACAGACCCAUAGCCUGAGGUACGCCAUUGACAAUGUGUACAUGAAGUACGACGAGGCAGCAACAUGCCAAGAAGAGGAUGUUGGUUGUGUCGAUUGCUACCUAUGGAAGUUUGAGAACGGGACGAAAACCACGACGACGAGUAGUUCAACAAUCCCAACAAGUACCACAUCAUCGAGGACACGGACCGAGACAUGUAAGACGCCUGGGUGGUGGGGAUGCCGUGAUGAGACUACCACAAUGGUAUCAACGACAUCGUCCAGCGUAUCAAGUACUGAAACCAGCACAAGUACAAGUACCUGUCAGACUGUGAGUCCUGAAAUCUUGUAAUCGUGCUUACAUAGCUGACUUCUUGAAGCCCGGAUGGUUCGGCUGUAAAGACAAAACGACUGCUACCGGACCUACUACGACUGCUACGACUACUACUACAUCAGCUGCACCAACAACUACAUGCACCUCGAAGGGAUGGUUUGGCAGGUGUUACGAUGAUGUUCCAGCGACAACCACUCCAGCUAUGCAAGCUCAUGCCUAUUGGCGGACUGCGGCGACUGCGACGCAGACGGCUCCUUAGACUUUCAGAAUCUUGCCUAUGUUGUGCGGUAGUCAUACAGUCGCAUGUUAUACCUAGUUAGAAUAACCAAUCAAUCAGCUUUGUCGCUGCCUAUCAUCACCCGAAGACAUCUUGA